AUGGGAUCCCUUACAAGUAUCUAUGUCUUUGCUUGUGUCUUUACACUCACACUUUGGAAUAAUAUCCAUCCAACUGUGGAAAAUGAAUUCAUUGCAAACUAUUCAAGCCUUUUGCUAACUGAUGUUCCAAAAAACAUUCCACUCCGUACUCAUGUAUUAGAUUUAUCACAUAAUAGGAUCUCUGAGCUUAGUAUCUCUGAAUUUAUUUCUCUUUCUGACCUUCAAGUAUUAAAUCUGUCUCAUAAUCUAAUUACAGAGCUUGACUUUAAUGUCUUCAUUUUUAAUCAAGAUUUAGAAUACUUAGAUUUAUCUCAUAAUAACAUUUGGAAAGUUUAUUGUCAAAUGCUUGCAUGUCUUAGACAUUUAGAUCUUUCUUUCAAUAAUUUUACUGUCUUGCCCAUCUGUCAGGAAUUUGGGACCAUGUUUCAUUUGGAAUACCUAGGAUUAAGUGCCAUGAUGAUACGAAGGUCAGACUUCAGACACAUCACACAUUUACAGCUGAACACUCUCUUCCUUACCUUAGAAAACUUUUCUCUGUAUGAGCCUCAGAGUCUGACAGCCUUAAAUACAAAGAGCCUUCACAUUAUUUUUUCAGCAAACCAAAACUUCAAUUUUUCCCUCUUGUAUGAUGGGAUGAGCACUUCAGAAAACCUAAAAAUUGUUAACAUAAGAUAUACCUUGAGCUACAAAGAUUUCCCCUCUCCUUCUUUAAAACUUCUGAAGAAAAUCAAGACAACAGCUCUGAUGCUUGACACUGUGGACUUAGAAUGGCCUAUCAUUUUGCAAAUUUUCCUGCUUAUUUGGUAUUCACCCGUGGAGAAUCUGACUGUGAGAAAUUUGACUUUUCGGGGACCAAUAGGAGUGUUGACUGCAUACAAAUUUGUACCCUUCUUAAGCUCUCUGGAACAAGUAAUCUCUUUGGAUGUCUCCAUGAAAGCGCUAACUUUGGAGCAAGUUCGUAAUAAGGUUUAUUAUUUCAACCAGGAGAUUCUAUACAGAGAUUUUUCAGAGAUGAAUAUUGCCAAUUUGACAAUAUAUGAUGCAUACAUGCCACACAUGCUUUGUCCAGAGAGAGCAAGCUCAUUUCAAUAUUUAAAUUUUUCUCGCAAUGCCCUGACAGAUGAAUUGUUCCAGAAUUGUAGUACUCUGGCAGAUUUGAAAUUACUUAUUUUGAAGAGGAAUAAAUUUGAGAGCCUUUCCAAGGUGAGCUCCAUGACAAGGCAUAUGAAAUCACUGAGGUAUCUGGACAUGAGUAGCAACUUGCUGCGUAACGAUGGAGCCGAAGAGCACUGCCAAUGGACCGAGUCUCUGAUGGAGCUGGACCUGUCCUCAAAUCAGUUGACAGAGUCGGUGUUUGGGUGCUUGCCAGUCAAUGUCAACAAACUGGACCUACAAAACAACCAGAUCGCCAGCGUCCCCCAGGGGAUUGCUGAGCUGAAGUCCUUGAAAGAGCUGAACCUGGCGUCGAACAGGCUGGCUGACCUGCCGGGGUGCGGUGGCUUUUCGGCCCUGGAGUUCCUGAAUAUGGAGAUGAACUCGAUCCUCACCCCUUCUGCCGACUUCUUUGAGAGCUGCCAGAGGGUGCGGGAGCUGGAAGCCGGGCACAAUCCGUUCAAGUGCUCCUGUGAACUGCAGGCCUUCAUGCGUCUUGAGAGGCAGUCUGGGGGGAAGCUGUCCGGCUGGCCGGAGGCGUACGUGUGCGAGUACCCAGAGGACCUGAGGGGAACGCAGCUGAAGGACUUCCACUUGACUGAGCUCGCUUGCAACACGACCCUGUUGCUGGUGACAGCUCUGCUGCUGACGCUGGUGCUGGUGGGGGUGGUGGCCUUUCUGUGCAUCUACCUGGACGUGCCGUGGUACGUGCGCAUGCUGUGGCAGUGGACGCAGACGAAGCGCAGAGCUUGGCACGAGUGCCCCGAGCAGCGGGAAACCGUCCUGCAGUUCCACGCCUUCAUUUCCUACAGCGAGCGCGAUUCCGUGUGGGUGAAGAACGAGCUGAUCCCGAACCUGGAGAAGGGGGAGGGCAGCGUGCAGCUGUGCCAGCACGAGAGAAACUUUGUUCCCGGCAAGAGCAUUGUGGAGAAUAUCAUAAACUGCAUAGACAAGAGCUACAAGUCAAUCUUUGUGUUGUCUCCCAACUUUGUGCAGAGCGAGUGGUGUCACUACGAGCUGUACUUUGCCCAUCACAAGUUGUUUAGUGAGAACUGCAACAGCUUAAUCCUGAUUUUGCUGGAGCCGAUCCCUCAGUAUAUUAUCCCCGCGAGGUACCACAAGCUGAAGGCUCUCAUGGCAAAGAGAACGUACCUGGAGUGGCCGAAGGAGAGGAGCAAGCGUGCCCUUUUCUGGGCUAACCUGAGGGCAGCUAUUAAUAUUAACCUGCCAAAGUCAUUUGAAGCAAAUGAGGAGGAGAAUGAUGUUAUUUCUACUGGUAGUAUAACUCAGCCUCUGAUUAAGUGA